AUGCGUGACAGAGUCGUUAUUUUGGAACAGGUGUCCCCUUACAUCUCACAACACAGACAGCCAUCAGGCCAUCAGCUGCAGCUACUCACUCGGUCACCCCACUCGGAUGUGUUUUCCUUACCAGUGAUGACGGGAACAGUGGAGUUGUCCUAUCAGGCCACCCUAAGGUCUGUUGGCCAACCCACAGAUGACUGCCCAGAGCCAAUCCCUCAUCAGUCAUCUGUGGCCCAGCUUUUAGGAUUAUAUGAUUCUGCAAAGGACAAUAUUACAAAAGACAAUGAAGUGACAGAUCAUUCUGUGUGUGACCAAGAUCAUCCUAAUGGACAAGAGCAUGAUUCAACGAAGAAUGAAAUAAAAAUUGAGGCAGACUCCCAGAGCUCAUAUAUGGAAACAGAAGAGCUCUCACCAAACCAGGAAGAUGACACGAUUGUGGAGCAACCAGAAGUGAUCCCUCUAACAGAUGACCAAGAAGACAAAGAAGGUGAAAAAGCUCAAGGCGAGGACACACCUAGAGUUCCUGUGCAAAGCGAAGGCUCUGGCUACACAGAAAACUCUCCAAGUCCUGAUG